AUGGCUGACGGCGUGAUAUCACAAGCCUUCUCCCUCGUGGGAUGGGCAUUCCUCCCUGCCUACGCUACCUCCUUUCUACAGGCACUAUACUACCGCCUCACCAUCCCUGCUGGCCAGUCCCAUCCUCAGUUUGGUGAUCCUCUCUUCGUCCGCCACAACCGUCGCAUCCGCGUCUUGGUCCUGUCGCUCUACCUCUUAUACACCCUCGCUCAAGCCCUCUACGACAUUAGACUUGCUGGGGAUUUCUAUACCCUGCUGGGAGUUACGCCGUGGUCUACAGAGCGGGAAGUGAAGAGCCGCUUCAGGAAGCUGGCCGCAAAAUAUCACCCGGACAAAUUGCAUGAGAAUGGUCAGUCGUUUCCAGGUGCCGAUGGAGUAUUUGUCCAGUUCAAACUGGCAUACGACACUAUUUUGGAUCCGGCGAAGCGAUUCGCAUACGAUCGGUUCGGACCUGUCAUUGUCCAGGUUCAGCACCCAGGGCUCAAAACCAUUCGAGACUAUGUCUAUGCCGGCCUGCGCACAAAGGCUCCUGAAUAUUUGUCCAAUGCGGGACUGCUCGUUCUGCUGAACUACGUUUGGCUGCCGCAAUGGGGACAGUUCUGGCGCUAUUUGGCUGUGGCCUGUAUGGCAUUUCUCGAACUGUACUUCCUGACUCACAUCUGGCAGCCUCCAAAACUCGUGGCAUUGUGGGUGUCGACGACUCAGAGGCUCUUACCAGAUCUGCUGCCACCCCAUCUUCUCCCUUUUCAGAUUCUAGCCCUGGCAAGACGGAUGUCCAUGUCUGUGAACAUCUUCAUCUCUCAGCUUGCUCCCCGUACGGUGAAGGACACGGCCAUGCGAGACCUGCAAACUCAGCAGCAGAUGGCGAACUUGGCUCAAGUGGCGAGCAGGUUAGAUGCCGAGUCCGAAAUGUUGCUCCAUUUGGGACUGAGCCCCUUCAAAGGAGAUGCCGAGAAGACAGAGCGUCUGCGGUCGGGCAUGAAGGAGUUGUUGGUCACGGGUGUGGUGCGAAGGAGCCCGGAAGUGAUGGCAGCAGUACAGAGGGCUCUUGACAGGAGGAGACGAGGGCCGAUCAUGCAGGAACCUACCUGA